AAAUUGGCCAUGAUGUUGCAUGUCCCAAAAUAGUCCUUCAAUGCGGCUGAGAGGCUUUGAUCACCCGUGAGAUAAGCUAAGGUGGCAAGCUUUGAGUUGUUUUUGCUGUUAAAAAAUAAGAAGAAAUGCACAUUUUAUGCCUCCUCCUUACAAUAUGAGCAACACGCCUGUCCAGGACUCUCCAACUCAGGAGAUGUCCUCGAGUAGUGGCCAGAUAUUACCCUCUCAACCUGCGCAGCCCAUCUCUGAACCUUCAGCUUCUAAACGGGUAUGCUUUUACAAAAGCGGGGACUAUCAAUUCAGCGGGCAUCGUAUGAUAGUAACUCCCCGCACCUUCAAGACAUUUGAUGCCCUGCUGGAUGCUCUGUCCAAAAAAGUGCCUCUGCCAUUUGGAGUACGAACCAUAACCACUCCUCGAGGAACUCACUUUGUCAAAGCUUUGGAAGACUUACAAGAUGGGGGAGCUUACGUGUGCUCGGAUCAGAAACGGGUGAAGCCACUAAACCUGGAAGAGGUGAACCGCAGGCAAGUGCCUUGGAACGCCACAAGGCCACUCAGUGCAGGACGGCGAAAGAGGCAAGAGCUCAGCUUCCGUCAGUUUCGCAAAGGGACUGUUGCAAGCAAUAGGCCAGCGAAGGUUGCUGAGAGAGUGGCAGUACGGACGCCCAAAAAGCUCACAGUUAUCAAAAACAGGGAUCCUACUGUUAGACGAACCAUUGUCUUGCAGAGAAGAACAGCACCAACGUUUGAUGCUUUGCUGGAUUUCCUCUCUCAGGUCCUCCAGUUUCCAGUGCUGAAACUCUACUCCAGAGAUGGCAGACGGGUUGAUGGACUUGGUGCACUUAUCCUGUGUUCUGGAAUCAUUGUGGCAGCUGGCAAUGAGCCAUUCAGAUUUGGAAAACAGCGUUUUCACCGAACAGGCCAGACGGCCCAGAUCAUGUAUGUGGAACAUGUGGAACCGUCAGCAUUGCAAACUAGAAUGCAGGACAAGUCAUUAUCUAGUGGGAGAAGCUCAAGAAACUUCUCCCUCUCAUCAGAGCAAUUCAUCGUAAACCAGAUAAACAGGUCUCAGAGUGGAAGCUUGAACGGCUACCUGCACCAUCCCAGCAGACUGUCUGAAACAGAAGCCCAUCAGCAUCACGCAGCCAUGGAAACACGUGGACCUGAGAGGGGAGGUAAUGAGAACAGUAACUACAUCAUCCCUCAUGACGACGAUAUUGAAAAGUCUUUCCGCGUAAAUCAAGACGGCAGCAUGACAGUGGAGAUGAAGGUUCGUCUGACGAUCAAGGAGGAGGAGAUGCUUCACUGGACAACCACGCUCAGCCGCUCAGGCCUUAGCAAGAAGACGGUUUGUGGCUCCCUUUCUGGGUCAGACAACAGCUCACCUGACUCAAACAAUUCUGUUGCCAAAGACUCCUCAAGUAUUCAAGAGGAUGAAAGAAAAGAAGAGAACUAUCAUGACGGAACGUCAAAGGGCGUUGCCUUUAAUGAUGAACACAUCUAUAAAGGCUACAGCUCAACAACUCUGGGUAGAGCAAAAACACAAUUUAAGCGCACUCCUACACCAGGCCCACAACAUGUGAAUGAGAUGGCUUCUGUAGAGAGUGUGAAAAUGGUUACAGAGACAGGGGUUCAACAGAGCACCUUGGGACAUUAUUCGUACACGGAGAGGAAUGCUGAUGGUGAGACUACUGAGGGAUAUUGUGUUGUCAGACACAGCAACAGCAGCAAUAAACCAGUCCCUAAACCUUGUAGGACAGCAUCGUCAGGAGUGAGCAACAAAUGCUCCUCUGUCAGAUCAUCAGGGGUCGCUGAGGACCUUCAGAUUAAGAAUGGUGAAAUGGAGGUCACGGAGACCGUGAUGCAUAUUUAUGAAAGUCAAGGUUGCUACGACAACUAUGUUGCAAAUAAGGAGUUCAGCAUAGAUGGAACUUCUUUGCAUGGCUCCCCUCCGGUGGCAGAAAGCAAAACGUCCACUGCCUCAGGGCCUCAAUCGUCCAACAAUGAUUGUGAUAUAGAUUGUAACUGGCAGCCGCCCACUGCUGACUCAAUACAGCGGCAAAAAGAGGAGAUACUAUCACUGUCAUCAGAGCCAGAAUCUCUGACACAUCAGGCUACAAACAAUCUCUCUUCAGUAACUGAGACUGAGGCUGUCUGCUCACAAAUGUUGGAAACAGUAAGUAAAGAUAAAGCUGCCAAUAGCACUAAGAGGAAAAAGAUUGCUAGGCCGCCUUGGAAGGAGAAGGGUUCAGCUUCAACAAACAGUUCAGAUAAAAAACAUCAAGAAAGCACAAUAGGCUCCUCGAAACAUAGCAAACAUUCAUCUUCUGACAAGCUGAGCAGCAACGCCAGUGUCGGAAAAAAGAGCCUGAAUUCAUUGGAGGGAUCUAAAAGUUCUCUAAAGAAUAAAGGAGUUGAAAAGUCUCAGUCUAAGAAGUCAUUCAAAGACGAAAAAAUGCCCAAAAGGGGUUCAGCCUUAUUACUUAAACCUGGAAAUGCUAUGAUAAACCCACAGCAGAAAAAAAGCCAAAACAGAAUAGCAACAAAAGAUAAUUGCCACAAUAUUAACACUCUAACCGAAAGGCCCCAGAUGAAGAAGAACAUGUCAGACAUUUUACAAACCAAAAAAACACCUUCACUCAGUAAAAAGACAAUGAUCAGACCAAAAUCCAUGACUGAAUGCGAACUAUCACUACCCAAACCAUCUUUGGAAAUGAGUGAGAGUGCAUCAUUAUCUUUUGUAAAUCCCUCUCCUUCGGAAAUUUUCCAGUAUGUCGAGAACUGGUUGGAAAAAGUCAAUCCAGACUCUGUGCCAUAUGCAGAGGAGGUUAUCACAGAUGGAGCAGAAAGUCGGGCCAAGGUUGUAUUUAAGAUAGGUGACGACUCAGAAUCAGAUGAAAUAAAUCAAUGCCAGACUAGUUUAAAUGAUACCAUGAAGAAAUCAUCAUCCUGUUUAUCAGUUCCUCUUUGUCACGAUGGGCUAGCUUCAGGUGUUGAGCAUGAUGAACAGAGAGCCCGAGGUCUUUGUGUUUCAAUGCCGAGUGUCAGGGCUGACCCAGAAAGCAAUGAGAACAAGCUCAGGCUACACAAAUCUGUUGAAGCCAUCUGUCCAAAUGACAGCGAAACGUCUAACUUGUUGAGCCCAAAGGCAAAGCUAAAACCUGUCCUUCGACAGGUUUGUUCAUCAAUUCAGUGCAUUAGAAGAGCAUCUGCCAGCAGCACUGCCCCCACUCUUCACAAUUCAAGUAGCCUUCCUAAUUUCUCAACACAAGUUGCCUCAGUAUUCGGCUCAUCGUGUAAAGCAUUCCUCUCGUUUUUGUCAGUAAUGACACUGAGAGACAACCUAAAUGGCUCUCAACUAGGGGAAGGUAACCAAUCAAGAACCCCAUCAGAGGCCAUGUUAAUGAUGGAAUCCCUCCAGAAGAUUUCUGCUUUGGAAGAUGAAGAAGAACAGAAGGCGAGUCUUACCGACUUGCAAAGCAGAGCGUCUUCUCAGCUAAGAGAGCGCUGGAAGGAUUUCCAGACUCUAAGGGAGAGGCUUGAAAGUGAACCGCUCUCCCCCAGAGUAUCAGAGACUGAGUUUGCACUGGAUGUUGUCUCUGAAGGUGGUGACACAUUCGAGGGUCAGCAAAUGGUCCUCGAUGAGCUCAUGGAAGAGCUAAACAUGCCGCAAGACCUCAGAGAGGAGGUUGUUUCCACAAUCCAACAAACCAAAGGUUUCUACCCUGCUGAGGAGAGCACUUUUGUUGAGACUGUUAGAAACCAGUCAGAGUCAGAGGAAGACAUAGAACGAUUUGUUGGUGAGUGUGAAGAGGAAACAAAAGAUUCACCAGAGCCUAGAAGCACAACUUGGGACUUAACUGAAACAAAGGAAGAACAUGACAAUGAGGUGAAUCAGGGGUCAGCCACAGAAAUACAUGAAAUAGAUAAUGGACACCUGGUCCUCUUAGAAAGAGGUGAGGCAAUAAAAGAUGAGGAGCAUGAUGCAGAAAAGAUGGAUAAUUUACGAAAUAAAGAAGACGUAUAUGCUGAAGAAGAAGAUGACAGGAAACAACUGGAAAAGAAUGGGGAUAUAGAGAAUGAUGUGAAAGCAGAGAUGCAGGGGGAUUCAGAGGAAGAUAAGGCAAGUGACAGGGAAUCUGUUAAAGUAGAGGAAGUGGAAGAAGAGAUGACAGGGGAUGAAGAUAUUACAAAGCAGAGAUUGGAGGAGGAUAAAGGUUUUGUAGAUGAGGAAACAAGAAAUGAUGAUAGUGUUGAACAUACAGAUGAGCGGGAGGGGGCAGAAGAGACAGAGGAGGAAGGAAACCAUCAGGAGGGGGAGGCUGAAGAGAGUGAGGUGCAAGAUGACGAUGAAGUAGAAACUAUAAUUAAUGAGGAGGAGGAGGAAGAGGAGGAGGAGAGUAAAGGCUUUCUCCCUGAAGAUAUAGAUAAGGGAGUAGAAGAGGAAACUGAGAGAAAUGGGGAAGUGAUUGAGAUACAUGAGCAAGAAAACGUGGAAAAUGACAAGAUGUCAGAUGCAGGUAUUUGUACACUUGAAGGCAAAGUUCAUGAGGAGGGAAGUGAGGAAACUGAGGAAGAUGUUGAGGAAAAGGAGGAGCAUGAGAAAGAACUGGUAACAGAUGGGGUUAUUGAUGGAAACAGGGAAGAGGAUAUGGAGAACGAGGAAGAAGAAGCGAGUGAACAUGAAGAAGACAAGGAAAGCGAGAAAAACACAAAUGAGGUGGAAUAUGAGAGAAACAGCUUAGAAAAUACAGAAACUGAUUUGCUGGAAGAAAAAGCAGAUGAGGUAUAUGUGGAUGAGUUAGACAAUGAGCAAAAUACGGCGGGAGGGCAAACUAUAGAUGAAAAAGACAGUAAUGAUGGUGAAGAAAGCAAGUCUAAUCAGAAAUUUGAAGAAAUGGAAGUUCUACAAAGAGAUGAUACAGAGGAAGAAGGGUCUGUUUUUGAAGAUGUAUACAAUGUUCCUGAUGAUCAGGAUUGUGAAACUAUGUUUGAAGAAGCUUCUUGUCAGCAGCAGCACAGUAAUGCUGUAGAAACUCAAUCUAAAUAUUCCUCUGAAGACCAGUGUGAGGACAAAUGUACAGACACUAUUCAUGAGACAGAUGAGGGAGGAGAAGAGAAUAAAAGCAACAGUUUAACCCAUCCAGUGGAAAUUUCUCAGGAGCUACUUGACUUUGUAAACGAUGCCCUCCAGUCUUAUUCUCUUAUAUUUACAUAUGACACACGGGGAAAUGUUAGGAUCGUGCCUGAUAAUGCUAGAGUUGUACAAACUAAGCAAAGUUUGAUACCAAAACCCCGAAAAGAUAGUUCUUAUGGUUUAAAAUGCCUCCCAAGCCCCAUCACGUCAGAUUUAUCUGAUUACAGACCAGAGACAUCUGGCAGUGGAGGGUAUAAAACUCAGGAGUCUGUAGAUAUUAUUUCAGAAAGUGGAGAAGAGCCUUUAGAGAAAGCAAACAGCACUGGGAGAAUCAUCUCAGAGCAAUGGUGCUCAAAACUGUCUGCAGCAAGUUACUCAUUAAAAAGUGGAAACAGUCCUUCUUCCAGUGAUGACGGCACUAAAGCUUCAAGGGAGGAUCUCUCUUAUUUCAGUGCUGCAAGCUCAUUAAAAGAAGAAACUGAAGCUGAAACACAAAAUGCACAAAACGUACCUUUAACUUUUGUUAAAGACUCGGCUGAUGGGGUUUUGAUUGAUCGAGGGCGAUGGCUUCUAAAGGAGAACCAUCUUAUAAGAAAAUCCCCGCCUGUCUCCCUGGGAAUGUACGGAAAUCUAGACAGCACAUCCAUAGACACAAACCAGGAAAACACAAGCGUGGAUUCCCCAUCUCACACUAAAACCCAGCACAGCCCCCUUGCUGCUAUAUCCUCCUCUGAGCUUGAGGAGAUGGCGAAGCCUCUAACUCCAAAGUGCACCUACUACAACAUGCCACAUGGAAGUGACUCUGACCCCUUCUUGGAUGAUGUCAGCGUCAGGAGUCGGAAACACGAUGCAAGCAGCAUAAAAGCAAGAGGCUUCAGGGUGUCGCCAACUGUUGACACUUCAAAAAGUUUUCCUAACAGAAACGGCAGUCUGUCGUCAUUUGCUUCAGUUGAGUUUAAAAUCCCAGACAGAAAAGUGCACCCUGAGGUUGAAUCCUCUGCAGUGACGCAGCCAAGAAGGACAUCUAACGGUGAACAGGGUGCACUGCAAGCUCAAGGCUCUUUGGACUCACUGCAUUUGAGAUGUGGGCAGUACUGUCCCAUACUAUAAAAUGAGGACAUUAUAAUUUACAAAACAAAUAAAGCAUUAUACAUUUACUUUUAUAGGAACUUUUGUCUUAUGUUGCUGCUAAAAACAUUUUCUUCAGUUAAAUCAUAAUCAACAGGAACCUCAUAGAUAUGUUUGGUGACUGACGAGAGUCGUGCCUCUUAUUCAUCUUGGAAUGUAGUAAAAAAAUAUUUUUAUACAUGCUGCAACUUCAGUGCUGUCUUCCAUGUGGUUGCUAAUGAAUCUGUCCUGAAAAUUAAAAUCACCUAUAUUUUUACCAA